AUGUUCUUUACCCACAAGUACCAGCGUGCUCAAGAUCUUCAAUCCCAACUCCCACCUAUCACACUAACACGGAUAUCCCCACAAGAGCGGAGAAAAAAGAUAAUAAUAGUGUUCGCGGUGGUAGUCUGCUUUGCGACAUUAUUCAUCGUCUCUGGCGUGAUCCUUCUGACCCAAGGCCAAAGCUUCAGCAGAGAUCUCUGCCCUGGGUCUGGGACGCCUGUGAACUACAAUGCAGGACAGCAGACAGCUCGUGGUAGACACUAUUCCCCACUAGGAAAGGGGAUCACCAUCGACCUCUCAUUUGGAAGCCUGGAUUUCACAGUGGCCAAGUCGAUUGACAUCGCCUGGGACAUCAUUGUUGGGCGCGGGGGGCAGUUGUUGCUUCUCUGGAUUGCGCACAAAGUAUAUGUUGCUACCCUCGACCAUGUUACCGAAACCUCCGCUGUCGGGUACGAUUUCUAUCUUGCACUUGCAUUCGAUAUAGGUCCCUGGGCCAUGGUUCUAGCCAUUAGGAACCAGAUCCUGGCCACAAGGAAACAUGUGAUCAAGGUCUUAUUCAUUCUAUACUCGGUGGCAUAUAUCGCCAUGUUUCCAACACUGAUGUCAGCCAUGACCGGCUACACCAACUACACAUCUCCCUACAUCGUCUUUGAGGACCAGUCCAUGAUCCCCCUGGAGGACUUUAUGGGCUCUGCCGAGAGGUACGGCGAUACGUUGGUAUUGAACGGAACAUGGUACCCUCUUGAUUACGACAUGACCAAUUGCCUCGACCACCCCUCUGGUCAUUACUCGUACGGGUUCUCGAAGCUUGUGUGGAAGCUUGUUUGUGGCCUGCACCUAUACUGGGUGCUCGGCAUGUUCUUUCUCUGGCUGGACGCAUGUCUCCACUCCCAGCUGUACCAAGCCGGCCACCGGAUCGGCAAGAUCAGAGCCAUCCUCGACGUUGCUGAGUCUCUCAAGGAAGACCUAGGCCCGGAUACAUGUGCAUACACUGGGGCUCAGUUGAAGAAGGAGCUCCAGAAACGGAACCCCAGACUCACGUACUACCAGACACGCAAAGGAAUCCCACUACAGAUUGGACUAUCUUCGCAGUCGAGGGGCGGGCCUAUCGAUCUCGAUGCCGCCAGGGGUUGUUUGUUUGGGAAACAGCCGGAGAUCAUGAAACAUGCUAUUUGGGAUAGAGAUACGGCAUCGGAGUUUGGAGGAAGUCCGGCACUCACGAGGGAUGCGCAGUUUGGGAGAAUGGGCGGUUCGGAUUUUGGGAGUCCUGCGUUGACUAGGGAUGCGGAGUUUGGAAGAUUAGAUAAUUUUGAAACUGUUGAUACCGGCGACGAGGAUCCCCGUGAGGGUGACCUUUCGUAUAGUAGACAAUAG